UAUACAUACUUGAAAUGUCGGAGAGAAAUGCUGAUAAGGGAAAGAGGAUCAUCAUUGGUGUUUCAACCUUGUUCUUGGUGGCUGUAGUUGGGGCUAUCGUAUUUGGUUUCAACCUCGUUGAGAGUGGUUCAAAUGAAAAUGGUGAUAAAGAGAAUGUUAAUAACAAAAAUCAACAUGUUGCUGCCUCUGUAAAAGCUGUCCAAACCCUUUGUCUUCCCACAAAUUACAAGGAAGAAUGUGAGAAAAAUCUCAUGACAGGUGUCGGAGACAGAACAACAACAGAUCCAUAUGAACUUAUCAAACUUGCUUUCAAUAUCACCAUCGAAAAAAUUACUGAUAAAUUCGAAGAAAUGAAUAUCUUGCAUGACAUUGAGAAGGAGCCUAGAGCGAAGAUGGCACUGGAAACAUGCAAACAACUCAUGGAUCUUUCGGUUUCGGAGUUAGAAAGGUCAUUUAUUGGAAUGAGCGAGUUUAACCUGAUGAGUGUUGAUAAAAUCCUCAUGAACUUAAAAGUUUGGCUAAGUGGUGCACUUACAUACCAAGACACUUGCCUGGAUGAGUUUGAGAACACCACCAGCGAUGCUGGUAAAAAGAUGCAGGAUUUAUUAACGACAGGCAUGCAUAUGACUAGCAAUGGUCUUUCCAUCAUAACAGCAUUGUCUGAUACUUUCACAGAUUUUAAUGCCACAAAAUUACUAGGACGUCGUCUCCUUCAAGAUUCUGAGUCACCAUCAUCGGUUGAUAAUGGAGGACUAAACGAAACACUGAUAUUGAAUCGCAAACCUAAUGUGACGGUAGCGAAAGAUGGCAGUGGAGAUUUCAUAACCAUUAAUGAGGCACUGAACAGUGUGCCAAGGAAAAAUAAAACGCCAUUUGUGAUCUACAUCAAGGAGGGCAUCUAUCAAGAGUAUGUUGAAGUGAAAAAGAAUAUGACUCAUGUGGUUUUCAUCGGUGAUGGUGGCAAAAAGACAAGAAUAACAGGCAACAAAAACUACAUAGAUGGAAUCACCACUUAUAAAACUGCCACCGUUGCUAUUCAAGGAGAUAACUUCGUGGCCAUGAACAUGGGAUUUGAGAACUCUGCCGGAGCUGAGAAGCAUCAGGCAGUGGCAUUGAGAGUUCAAGCAGACAAGUCUGUGUUCUUCAAUUGUUCAAUGGAUGGGUAUCAAGACACACUUUACGUACACACCCUACGUCAGUAUUACAGGGAUUGCACCAUUUCUGGUACCAUCGACUUUGUGUUCGGAAAUGCACUUGCUGUUUUCCAGAAUUGCACUUUCGUGGUCCGAAAGCCAAUGGAAAAUCAACAAUGCAUUGUGACUGCACAAGGUAGAAAAGAGAAAGAACAACCUUCUGCAAUAGUGAUCCAAGGAGGUUCCAUUGUGGCUGACCCUGAGUUUUACCCAGUAAGAUUUGUUAACAAAGCUUACCUAGCUCGUCCAUGGAAGAUAUACUCGAGGACCAUUUUCAUGGAUACGUACAUCGAUGACUUGAUUCAAGGUGAAGGAUAUUUGCCAUGGCAAGCAUUAGAAGGACCCAUUGGUAUGGAUACUUGCUUUUAUGCAGAGUAUCACAACACCGGUCCUGGUUCAGACAAAUCCAAGCGUGUGAAUUGGAAUGGGAUUUUGAACCUUAAUUCAAAAGCUGCACGUUUGUUCUCACCUUCCAAGUUCUUUCAUGGACUUGAUUGGGUUCGGGCUACUGGAGUUCCUUGCUUCCCUAGCGUGCCCCCACACUACAGGCACAAGCAAACCAUAUUACCCUGGUGAUCAAAUCCUCCAUUGUUAUAUCAUCAUCUUUCACCUUUUUUCCUAUUCUUUCAUUCUUUUUUUUUUUUGUUCCUUCAUUUUAG